CUUGGAUUAGGAGGCUGGGAUGAAGCAGGAGGGUUGGUUCCUGCCAAGCAAAGGCGGCACAUGGGUCACCGGCGACACCCACAUGGUUUCAUGAUGUCGACGAGGGCGGAUCACAGCUUUCUCACAGACAACAUCCUCAACAAGAAUUGGACAAGCUUCGACCUGCGUUCCCAAGUACUCGCAAUCGGCCAGAGCUGAGAGAAGCUGGCGACCGACAUCUAGAGCGAGCGACAGACCCCACCCCAUGCCGCCGCCAUGGCCGAGGAAGAGCUGCAGGCCAAACUGCGCGAGCUGGACCACGAGCUAGAGGACGGCGAUAUCACGAAGAAAGGGUACGAGAAGCGCCGGACGCUCCUGCUAUCGCAGUUCUAUGGACACGGCGAGCUGGACGCCUUGUCCUCGGCCGGCCAGUCGCGUACUGCCUCCCUAGCAAACAUCUCUGCCGGACCCUACGCCGCCGAGGACAACUUCAGCAAUGCCCCGACCGCCGUCGAACGCACCGUUUCGGGUUUCCAAGGCCGCUCCACGCCUGCCAGCAUGUACGGUUCCGACUAUGCCUUCAAUCCAGACCCUCAGUACAACCACCUACUCCCCCAUCAGCAACACCAGCAGCCAUCACCCGAUGUUCAGAGCCGCCUUAGCACUAUGCUCGACUCUCAGCAGGGCUUCUUCGACGACUUUGCUGGCCAGCAGAUGCAGGAUCAGUCCCGCGAAGAGAGUUAUGGUGGUCCACAACGCUACUCGAUGGGUGAAGCCUUCUCUCCUACUGCCAAUAUCCCUCCUCCAUUGAUGUCCUCAAACGACAUUGAUUCCGCCGCUCCCAUACAUCAGCUACCUCUUGAGCCAAGAGAGGUACCCUUCGCCGUCUACGAUCCCCAUAACAAGACUGUUCCCAUGUCCAACUUUGACAAUAUUGGUGCAGUUCUCCGUCACAGAGCUAGAUCUAAUGGUCGCCAACCUGCAUACUGGGUCCUUGACUCCAAGGGUAAAGAGACGGCCUCGAUUACAUGGGAGAAGUUGGCCAGCAGGGCAGAAAAGGUAGCCCAGGUCAUUCGUGACAAGAGCAACCUAUACCGUGGAGAUCGUGUUGCUUUGGUCUAUCGCGACACCGAGGUCAUAGAUUUUGCUGUCGCUCUCAUGGGCUGUUUUAUCGCCGGUGUUGUUGCCGUACCUAUCAAUAACGUCGACGACUAUCAGAAGCUCGGUCUUCUUCUCACCACCACUCAGGCCCAUCUCGCUCUGACUACGGAUAAUAACCUCAAGGCUUUCCACCGUGACAUCAGCCAACAGCGCUUGAAAUGGCCCUCUGGUGUUGAAUGGUGGAAAACUAAUGAAUUCGGCAGCUAUCAUCCAAAAAAGAAGGACGACACUCCACCUUUGCAGGUGCCGGAUCUGGCCUACAUAGAAUUUUCUCGAGCUCCAACAGGUGACUUGCGUGGUGUUGUCCUAAGUCAUCGUACCAUCAUGCACCAAAUGGCUUGUGUCAGCGCCAUCGUGUCUACCAUUCCCACCAGCGAUCCUGAUUCUGGAUUCAGAGCACCACCAGGAACAAAGGCCGAAACUAUACUGUCCUAUCUCGACCCGAGAGAAGGCGUCGGCUUGAUUCUCGGUGUACUGUUCGGCGUCUAUGGUGGUCAUACCACAGUUUGGCUUGAAGCCAAGACUGUCGAUACACCUGGAAUGUACGCUCAUUUGAUUACAAAGUAUAGGACAACCAUCAUGGUUGCCGAUUAUCCAGGUCUUAAACGGACUGCGUACAAUUACCAACAGGACCCAAUGGCCACAAGGAAUUUCAAAAAGAACGCCGAGCCCAAUUUCUCGACUGUCAAGAUAUGUUUGAUUGACACUAUUACCGUGGAUAGUGAGUUCCACGAGAUCCUGGCUGAUCGCUGGUUCAGACCUAUGCGCAAUCCUCGUGCUAGGGAACUGGUCGCGCCGAUGCUUUGCUUGCCUGAACACGGAGGCAUGAUUGUAUCCGUUAGAGAUUGGCUUGGCGGUGAAGAAAGGAUGGGUUGUCCUUUGAGUAUUGACGAGGCAGAUCUCGACAAGGAUGACGGGAAUCCAAACCAGGGCAACUCCAACAACUAUUCCAGUCUGCUAGGCAGCGUUGGAGGCACCACAGCUAAGAAGGGCCAGAAGAACAGUCGGAACGAGCUGAGUGAGGUGCUCCUUGACAAGGAAGCACUGAAGACGAACGAAAUUGUUGUUCUGGCUAUGGGUGAAGACGCUAGGAAGAGAGCUAACGAGCCCGGAACUGUAAGAGCAGGCGCUUUCGGAUAUCCCAUCCCGGACGCGACGCUUGCUCUCGUCGACCCUGAGACUGGCCUACUUUGUUCACCGUUCACUAUUGGUGAAAUUUGGGUCGAUUCGCCAUCUCUGUCUGGAGGAUUCUGGGCUCUCCCGAGGCACACGGAGAGCAUCUUCCACGCUCGGCCCUACCGCUUUGUCGAGGGCAGCCCUACCCCAGUCCUGGUUGAACCCGAGUUUCUGCGUACCGGUCUUCUUGGGUGUGUGAUUGAGGGAAAGGUAUACGUGCUCGGCCUCUACGAAGAUCGUAUAAGACAGCGAGUCGAGUGGGUCGAGAAUGGUGUUCAAGAGCACGAGCACCGAUACUUCUUCGUCCAGCACCUGGUCACCAGUAUCAUGAAGACCGUACCCAAGAUCUUCGAUUGUUCUGCGUUCGAUGCGCACGUCAAUGGCGAAUAUCUUCCAUUCGUCCUCCUAGAGUCGCAGGCCGCCUCCACAGCUCCUACUACGGCGGGUGGACCACCAAGGCAACUAGACAUUCCUUUCCUAGAUUCGCUUACGGAGCGCGUCAUGGAAGUACUCUACCAGGAACACCACCUGCGAGUCUAUUGUGUGAUGUUGACGGCGCCAAACACCCUGCCGCGUGUUGUCAAGAACGGUCGAAGAGAUAUCGGAAACAUGUUGUGCAGAAAGGACUUUGACAAUGGAGCUUUGCAAUGCGUCUACGUCAAGUUUGGUGUUGAGAGGGCUGUUCAGAACUUACCGCUGGGUGACGACCCUGCUGGCGGUAUCUGGUCGCCAUUGGCCUCGCAGGCGAGGCAAGACCUCUUAAUGCUGCAAGACAAGCAAUACUCUGGCGUAGACCAUCGUGAGGUCGUGAUCGAUGACAGAACAUCGACACCUCUCAACCAGUUUUCCAACAUCCAUGAUUUGAUGCAAUGGCGCGUUUCGCGACAGGCAGAAGAACUCGCUUACUGCACCAUUGAUGGCCGUGGCCGAGAAGGCAAGGGCGUCAACUGGAAGAAGUUCGAUCUCAAGGUUGCGGGUGUCGCUACGUACUUGAAGAACAAAGUCAAGGUUCAGCCUGGUGAUCACUUGCUGCUUAUGUAUACGCACUCAGAGGACUUCGUGUACGCUAUACACGCUUGCUUCUGUCUAGGUGUUGUAGCUGUACCAAUGGCUCCCAUCGAUUCUAACAGACUUCAUGAGGAUGCUCCAGCACUGCUUCACGUCAUUGCCGAUUUCCGCAUCAAAGCUCUUAUCGUUAACGCCGAUGUUGAUUCGCUUCUGAGACAGAAAGCCGUUUCGCAGCACCUCAAGCAAUCUGCUUUGAUCCUCAAGGUCAACUUGCCCAACAUUUACAAUACUUCCAAACCACCAAAACAAUCGCAUGGGUGUCGCGACUUGGGUUUCGUCAUGCGACCAGCAUGGGUAGCUCAAGGGUUCCCUGCUCUCAUCUGGACCUAUUGGACGCCCGACCAACGUCGUAUCGCUGUUCAGCUCGGCCAUGACACUAUCAUGGCAUUAUGCAAAGUACAGAAAGAAACCUGUCAGAUGACGUCCACGCGCCCUGUUUUGGGUUGUGUCAGAUCUACUAUGGGUAUUGGUUUCCUGCACACUUGUCUGAUGGGAAUAUUCUUGGCCGCUCCUACGUAUCUGGUUUCACCGGUUGACUUUGCUGCAAACCCCAGCAUCCUGUUCCAGAUAUUAUCACGCUACAAGAUCAAGGACACCUACGCUACGUCGCAAAUGCUCGACCAUGCUAUGGCUCACAACGCUGGAAAGUCAACCUCUCUUCUCGAGCUGAAGAACCUUAUGAUCGCUACAGACCAGAGACCCCGCGCGGAUGUGUACUCAAAGGUCCGCGUAGCCUUUUCUCAAGCAGCUCUCGACAGGACUGCCAUCAAUACCAUCUACAGCCAUGUGCUCAAUCCCAUGGUCGCAAGUCGAAGCUACAUGUGCAUAGAACCUAUUGAGCUUUAUCUCGACACGAACGCUCUCCGUCGCGGGUUGGUGGCACCUGUCGACCCAGAUACCGAACCGUUUGCUCUCCUGGUUCAGGACUCAGGAAUGGUACCUGUCAGCACUCAAAUCAGUAUUGUUAACCCGGAGACCAACCGCCUGUGCUUGGCAGGCGAGUACGGUGAGAUCUGGGUGCAAAGCGAAGCCUCUGCCUAUUCCUUCUAUGGCUCCAAAGAUGCAUUCGAUGCCGAACGCUUCAAUGGUCGAACAGUAGAUGGUGACCCUGGGGUGAGGUACAUGCGAACUGGAGAUCUCGGCUUCUUGCACAGUGUCAGCAGGCCUAUUGGGCCCGGCGGCAAUAUGGUUGAGAUGCAGGUUCUUUUCGUCCUUGGCGGAAUUGGUGAGACAUUCGAGGUUAACGGUCUCCAACACUUCCCUAUGGACGUCGAAGCAAGCGUAGAAAGGUGCCAUCGUGCAUUGGUUUCUGGCGGAUGUGCUAUUUUCCAAGCGGGUUCGCUUCUAGUCCUCAUUGCAGAGUCUCGCACUCGCGCCUUCCUUGCAUCGAUAGUACCGAUGAUAGUCAACACAGUACUCAACGAACAUCAACUUGUCCUUGAUAUUGUCGCCUUUGUUCAGAAAGGCGACUUUCCACGAUCACGACUCGGCGAAAAACAACGAGGCAAGAUCUUGGCCAGUUGGGUCUCACGCAAGAUGCGCACGAUAGCUCAGUUCAGCAUCCGCGACCCCGACUCUGAAGGUAGUGUAGGCACCGCGGUGCCAAACGAGGUACCACAGGGCAGGCGCAGCAGCGUACAAUCUGGUACCGCAGGCGCAGGCGCCUUCAGAGGAGGGCCCGGCAGUAUCAACCGUGCUCCCGGCACAGCAGGCAGCUCUCUCCGUCAUGUGGAAAGCAUCUCACAAUUGCCAUUGGCCGAAGAACCACACAUGUUUGACAUGCAAUCCAACCCACAACAACUCUACACUGACGACAUGCCGCCGCCGGCAGUGGAGUUUCUGCACAACAAUGACCACACACCUACCAACGAGCGCCCACGCGACCUUGCACUGAACACCACAUUGGACUAUUCUCCAGUGGAGGGUAACAUGAUCUACGGUUUCUCGGAAGAACAAGACUUUGCAGGCGCAGCACCCGAGCAACAUCAACCCCCACCUCGAUCAGACUACCGGGGUCAUUAUGGAGGAAGCCCACGAUCACCUGUUGACAUGCCUAUGCAGUCGGGCGGAUUAAGAGUUGCCAAUCGCACCAGUAUCGACAGCGAUGAAGACUGGUCGCAAGACGCGUUGAGGCAUCUGAACUUGAAUUCCAGGUAGAAAGCAACUGGACUAGAACAGCAUUGUUCAUUUGUUUUUGGUUUCCUUUGCCGGCUCUGUCAUUUGUGGUUUGGAAUAUACACGAAAGGUCUUAUAUUGGGUUGGAAGAACGAGUCGGAGAUGGCAUUAUUGUCGUAUGAAGAAGACGAAGAGACGCACGAUGGAAACGAAGUGUGCAUAGCAUAGAUAUCACUCUUAUCAAAUAGCUUUUGCAUUCUUAAUCUUAUCCUACUUGACUGAUUC